AUGGUAGACACUACAAUUGUUAUUCUAGGAGUUUCAGAGUUACGGAUAGUUAGAGAAUUUCUAGAUCUAUUUCCAAAGGAAUUACCAGGGUUACCACUUCAGCGAGAGGUAGAUUUUGAAAUUGAAACUAUUCCAAGAGUUGCUCCUAUUUCCAUAGCACCUUGCAGAAUGGCACCAACAGAGUUGCAGGAAUUGAAGAAGCAACUUGAGGAUUUAUUGGAGAAGGGUUUUACAAUCAUGUCAAAAGACACAACUUCUUCUUAUACAAAUGAUCAUGUGAUUCAAGCUAUGCAACAACAAUUCGAAAGAAUGUUUAAUAUGAUGGCGGGAGUCAAUGAAAAAUUAGAGAAGCAUGAUGGCAUCCUUAACCAAUUACAUGGAGAGCCUAGACAAAGGAGACGUCCACCAAUUGACCAAGAGGACUAUGAAGGAGAGGAUGAUUUGGAUGAUGAUCAAGUCACCUUGUUGGGACAACGAAUCAAUCCUAGGAGACAAGCUAGGAGAAGACAUCCAAAUGAUGAUGUUGAUCACAACCUUGGAAGCAUCAAAAUGAAGAUUCCUUCAUUCCAAGAAAGAAAUGAUCCAGAUGUGUACCUUGAAUGGGAGAGGAAAGUGGAACUCAUCUUCGAAUGUCAUAAUUAUUCGGAGGAGAAAAAGGUAAAACUUGUCGCUGUUGAGUUUAGUGAUUAUGCAAUUGUUUGGUGGGAUCAAUUUUGCAAGGAAAGACGUAGAUAUGGAGAAAGACCCGUAGAGUCUUGGAGAGAAAUGAAGCAAAUCAUGAGAAAGAGGUUUGUUCCAAGCCACUACUACAGAGAGCUUCAUCAAAGAUUACAAACUCUAAUGCAAGGAUCCAUGAGUGUGGAGGAGUAUCACAAAGAAAUGGAGAAGGCUAUGAUUAGAGCAAAUGUGAUAGAAGAUCGUGAAGCUACCAUGGCAAGGUUCUUGAGAGGGCUAAACAAAGACAUUGUUGAUGUUGUUGAUUUGCAACAUUAUGUGGAGAUUGAAGAUAUGGUGAAUUUGGCCAUGAAAGUGGAACGACAAUUAAAAAGAGAGAGGUAUGAUUCUAAACCAAAUAUGGGUUCUUCUUCUUCUUGGAAAACUUCUUGGGGAAAAAAGGAUGAUAAACCUUUUACUAAGUCAAAAGUGGAAGAAACUAAACCUAAAAUUGACUUGGGUAAUAAGGGAAAGGGUGAGAAUCAACCAGCCCAAACUAGGGGAAUCAAAUGUUUUAAGUGUUUGGGUCAUGGGCACAUUGCUAGGGAAUGUCCAAAUAAGAAAGCUAUGAUUCUAAGGAAUGGUGAUAUUGAGUCGGAGAGUGAGGGGGAUAGUGAUGAUGAUAUGCCUUCUUUAGAAGAUUGUAGUGAUGUUGAAUGUGCUAAGGGAGAUAAUCUUGUUGUUCAAAGAACAUUGAGUUUGCAAAAUAAACAUGAUGUCCAUAGGGAGCAAAGGGAAAAUUUGUUUCAUACUCAUUGUUUGAUUUCUAACAAGUUGUGCAACAUGAUUGUGGAUAGUGGAAGUUGUACCAAUGUAGCAAGCACUUUGCUAGUGGAGAAAUUGAAGUUGCCUACUACCAAGCACCCAAGACCAUACAAGUUGCAAUGGCUUAAUGAAAGUGGAGUUGUAAAGGUAAAUAAGCAAGUUUUAGUUUCGUUUCAAAUUGGUAGAUAUAAGGAUGAGGUGUUGUGUGAUGUGUUGCCAAUGUUGGCCAGACAUAUGUUGUUGGGGAGACCUUGGCAAUAUGAUAGAAGGGUUUAUGAAGAUUUAUUUCCGGAAGAAAUUCCAAAUGGUUUGCCACCUAAAAGAGGCAUUGAGCACCAAAUUGAUUUCAUACCCGGAGCAAGCAUUCCAAAUAGACCAGCAUAUAGAUGUAAUCCGGAGGAGACCAAGGAAAUCGAAAAGCAAGUGAGUGAGCUUAUGGAGAAGGGUUAUGUUCGUGAAAGCAUGAGUCCAUGUGUCGUACCCGUCUUGUUAGUGCCUAAGAAAGAUGGAACUUGGAGGAUGUGUGUUGAUUGUCGCGGUAUUCAUGUUGAUCAAGAAAAGGUAAAAGUAAUUAGAGAAUGGCCAACACCCACAAGUGUAAGUGAUGUAAGAAGCUUUCAUGGUUUAGCUAGCUUUUAUAGAAGGUUCAUUAAGAAUUUUUCUACCAUAGCUGCACCUUUAACUGAAUGCAUAAAAAAGAAUGUUUGUUUUAAGUGGGGAAUUGAACAAGAUGAGGCUUUUAACUUGCUGAAAGACAAAUUAAGUUCUGCACCCUUGUUAUCUUUGCCAAAUUUUACUAAACCUUUUGAGAUUGAGUGUGAUGCAAGUGGCAUAGGUAUUGGAGGAGUUUUGAUGCAAGAAGGCAAGCCCAUAGCAUUCUUUAGCGAAAAGCUAAGUGGAGCAAGUCUAAACUACCCUACAUAUGAUAAGGAGUUCUAUGCAUUAGUGAGGGUUCUAAAGACAUGGCAGCAUUACCUUGGCUACAAAGAAUUCAUAAUUCACACUGACCAUGAGUCCUUGAAGUAUCUCAAAGGACAAGGAAAGCUCAACAAGAGACAUGCAAAAUGGGUGGAAUUCAUUGAAUCCUUUCCAUACAUCAUUAAGUACAAGCAAGGGAAAGAAAAUGUGGUGGUCGAUGCAUUGUCAAAAAGGUAUUUUGAUGGUUUUCUUUUUCGGGAAAACAAAUUGUGUGUGCCACAAAGUUCUUUGAGAGAGUUACUUGUGAGAGAGGCACAUAGUGGAGGUUUAAUGGGACAUUUUGGGAUUAAGAAAACUUUUGAUAUGUUGGGUGACCAUUUCUUUUGGCCACACAUGAAAAGGGAUGUUGAGAGAAUUUGUGAGAAAUGCAUUACUUGCAAACAAGCCAAAUCCAAAGCAAUGCCUCAUGGUUUGUAUACACCUCUUCCUAUACCAAAUGAACCUUGGGUAGACAUUUCUAUGGACUUUGUUUUAGGAUUACCUAGGUCCAAGGGAGGGAGAGAUUCUAUUUUUAUUGUUGUGGACAGGUUUAGCAAAAUGGCACAUUUCAUUCCAUGUCACAAGACAGAUGAUGCAACCCAAAUUGCGAAUCUAUUCUUCAAGGAGAUUGUAAGGCUGCAUGGAGUGCCAAGGACCAUUGUGAGUGAUAGGGAUGUCAAAUUCCUAAGUCACUUUUGGAAGACUCUUUGGGGAAAGAUGGGGACAAAGCUUUUGUAUUCUACAACUUGUCAUCCGCAAACGGAUGGACAAACAGAGGUGGUCAAUAGGACACUUGCAACACUUUUGAGGGCUCUCAUCCAAAGAAAUCUAAAGAAUUGGGAAGAAUGUUUGCCACAUGUGGAAUUUGCUUACAAUAGGAGUGUGCAUGGUUCAACAAAUUGCUCACCCUUUGAAGUUGUGUAUGGAUUCAAUCCAUUGACUCCAUUAGAUUUGCUACCAUUGCCAUUGGUGUGGGUGCACUUGAGGAAGGAAAGAUUUCCUAACCAAAGGAAAUCAAAGCUUAUGCCAAGAGGAGAUGGUCCUUUUAGAGUGCUUCAACGCAUCAACAACAAUGCCUACAAGCUAGAACUUCCAAGUGAGUAUGGCAAUGUUAGUGCUACUUUCAAUGUUAGUGACUUGUCUUUGUUUGAUGUAGGUGAUGAAGAUGAUGGAGCUGAUUUGUGGAUAAAUCCUUUUGAGGAAAGGGGGAAUGAUGUGAAUCCAAGUUCAAAGCUUACAGAGAUCCAAGAUCCGUUAAUAGUACAAGAAGGCCCAAUCACAAUGUCCAAAUCCAAGAAGCUUCAACAAGCCAUAUUGGGUUUA